AAUUGUCAAUUGAAUCAAGUCAAGUGGUUGUGGUUUCAUUCAUACAUUUGUUGUUUCUGAUCCUGUGGCGUUGUACAAAUCCAUAAAGCCAUAUUUUCUUAAGAUUUUUGCCAAUUUAAAUUGUUAAAUAACGUAUGUUCUGCUGCAGUGCUUUGUAAUUACUAUGCCGUUAGCAAACUCCGUGGAACCAUGGCAAAUUCAACAUGCCGAAACAGAGCUUUGGGAGUAUCCAGGCCCUUAAGAAUAGUUUCUUCUCAGUCCGGCGAUCCUGAUGAAGCUGCUACAGGGGAAGAACAUGGGCCACAUGAGGGAGAACAUGAGAUCGAAUUGGGAGAGGUGGCCAGAGAUGGUCAUGAUAAGGCAGAUCCCUCUCAAUUUGAACUGCUCAAGGUACUUGGAGAAGGGUCAUUUGGAAAAGUAUUUCUUGUCCGCAAAGUUGUUGGUGCGGACGCGGGCACUCUGUAUGCCAUGAAAGUACUGAAGAAAGCCACCCUGAGGGUGAGAGACAGAUACAGAACCAAGACUGAAAGGAACAUUCUAGUAGAUGUAGAACACCCGUUCAUUGUGAAGUUGCAUUAUGCCUUUCAAACUGCUGGAAAGCUGUACCUUAUUCUGGAUUUUUUGAGGGGAGGUGAUUUGUUUUCCAGGCUAAGCAAAGAGGUUAUGUUUACUGAAGAGGACGUAAAGUUCUAUCUUGCUGAGCUGGCAUUAGCACUGGACCAUUUGCAUAGUCUCGGAAUAAUUUACAGAGAUUUGAAGCCUGAGAACGUUCUUCUAGACGUUGAUGGCCACAUAGCUCUCACCGACUUUGGUUUGGCUAAGUUGCCAUUGGAAGAAGGAAAGGCCUACAGUUUUUGUGGCACAGUCGAGUAUAUGGCCCCAGAAGUCGUAAACAGGAAAGGACACACCUAUGCUGCAGAUUGGUGGUCUUUUGGGGUGCUUAUGUACGAGAUGCUAACUGGCGGUCUGCCUUUCCAGGGCCCUAACAGAAAGGAGACAAUGACACAAAUACUCAAAGCAAAGCUGCCUAUGCCCUCUAAUUUAAGUCCAGAAGCUCAAAGUUUGUUGAGGGUACUGUUUAAACGGAAUCCUGCCAAUAGAUUGGGUGCUGGACCUGGAGGAAUAGAAGACCUCAAAAAGCACGAAUUCUUCGCCACAAUAGAUUUUGAUGCCCUUCUUGCCAAAAAAGUGAGGCCUCCAUUUCAACCAGUGGUAUGCGGCCCCGAGGAUGCGUAUUUUGAUUCUGAAUUUACCAGUAAAACGCCAAGAGAUUCACCUGGAGUACCUGCUAGUGCCAAUGCACACGAAUUGUUUAGAGGAUUUAGUUUUAUAGCACCAUGUCUACUAGAAAACGGAAAUGUACAAAUUAGGAGUGAAACGACACCUAUGAAUUCAGUAAGGACCAGCGAUAGAAAUUUCUUUGAUGAUUAUACCCUGUUAGAUAUCAUAGGUACAGGGAGUUAUAGUGUAUGUAGGCUAGCCAAGCACAAAGCUACAGCGCAACAGUAUGCUGUCAAAGUUAUAGACAAAUCAUUAUGCGACUGUAGGGAAGAAGUAGAAAUACUGAUGAGGUAUGGUAAACAUCCAGGCAUAGUAUCGUUGAAGGCUGUUUAUGAAGAAAAUAACAAAGUUUAUUUGGUUCUUCAGUUGUUGAGAGGUGGAGACUUAUUAGAAUAUAUGACAAAGGUAAGAAGUAUGUCUGAGCCCGAAGCAGCCGCUAUAAUAAAAACGCUAGCAACAACGUUAGCAUAUCUGCACGAAAACGGUGUUGUACAUAGAGACCUUAAGCCUGCUAAUAUUCUGUUUGCCUCUGAAGACAGAACUGCAGACAGUGUAACAAUCUGUGAUAUGGGCUUUGCCAAACAGCUUCGAGCUGAAAAUGGUCUGUUAAUGACCCCUUGUUAUACCUUACACUAUGUGGCCCCAGAAGUUUUGAAAAGGCAAGGUUAUGACGCAGCUUGCGAUAUUUGGUCCUUAGGUGUGAUUCUAUAUAUAAUGCUAUCAGGAAGGUGCCCUUUCAGUACAGCUUCUACGGACAGCCAGGAAAUUUUGCAGAGGAUAGGUUCGGGAAAACUCGACUUACAGGGCGGUCGUUGGCCAGAAGUGUCUACCGAAGCCAAACUUCUAGUGACGGACAUGCUUCACAUAUCUCCCCAGCGACGGCCGACAGCCUCUCAACUGGUGAAACACCCCUGGGUGACAUCUCGAUUAAUCGUUUAUGUCCAACAGCAAGCCAGGACGCCUUCGGAUGCCACUAGAAUCCAAUCUUCGGUCGCGGAGGGUAACCUUAAGGAAAUGGUUGCCGCCACUUUUAGAGCGAUAGCCACUUCACCACAAGUCGCCCACCUUGGGCCAGUGGCGAUGUCAGAAUUGGCCCGUAGGAGGUUCCGAGAUAAGGCAUUGAACAGGGUGCAGGAAGAAGGUAGGAGUAAGGAUUUUUAAAUGUGAUAUCGUAUAUAUGUGCAAAAACCUUGGUAGUUUAGUUUGAAAAUUGAGAUAAUAGGAGAUGGAGCUUGUCAAUGCGCCAAAGAUGUUUCUUAGCCUAGAUAGUUGAACAGUAGAACCAAAUGCCAAAAUUGUCAGUGUUAGCUCAGAUUUUAAAUCUAACCUGAAAAAUCAGUUUCCGUGGUUCUUUUUGAUUUGUCAGAAAACAGCAGAUCCAACCAUCAACUGAAGUAUGAUAAAGUCGUAUUUCUAGCGAUGUUUUGUAUGAUCUAUUUUCCAAGUUCAUCCUGUUUAACAGUAACCUAGAACUGAGGAGACCUCUUUGGCGUAUUUUAAUUCCAUCGUUUGAAUUGUUAGUGUAAGAAAAAUGUAUCCUUCAACAUGGCUGUAAGCUACAGGAUAGUAAAAAAAAUCGAUAUUUUUCAAAUACUAUAUUCUAGUCAAACUCUGGCAAACUAGUGAUCUAGAGACAUGAUGGUGUCUUUGAACAAAAAAUCACUUAUGAAUCAUGUGUCAAAUUGUUAUAAUUAUAAUUAGUCUGGGCAAUAUCCUCGCAUCUGAUGAGAAAAAUGUUAUGAUCCGGAUUUUUUUUUGCAUAAUCUUAUUCAAAAAGAGCCCCUUUUAAUGAAUCUGCAGGUUGCCAGGCCCAAAUUUGCGUGAAAAUUUUUUUAUAUACAUAUAUAAAUUCAAAAAAUCGGUCAGCGGUUUUUGGGACAUUCUGAACAAAAAAGGUGCUUUAGAACUUUUCUCUAGAGUUGAUAGUUUUUGAGAUAUUAGCGAUACAAUAGGGAAAGUCAGGGUGAUAUGGUGAACAAAAAAAUUGAGCAGUGUAAAACACAACAAUAUAAAGUCACUUAUUUUCCACAAAAUAUGUUGGCAACAACUUAACAGUAUUAUAUCCUCUUUAACGCAUUACUAACGUAAAAAAAACACAUUAAUUAUUUUUAAUAAAUUCGCCAUUUCACCCAGGCAUAUGGGUGAAAUGGUAAAUGCAUAUUGGGUGAAUUGGUGAGCUUACUUUUUUUGCUAUUUUUGCUUUUCACCUCGUAUAUCACACGUGUAUUCGCAUUUUGAACAGUCUUCGUGCAGCCAUUGUUGGGAGCUAAUAUAUUUUAUCCAAUUCACGUCCGUUUGAGUGCAACUGUACAGUUCACCACACCCUACGCAACAACUUUCUUUAUCGUCCACGUCGUCAGCAUCAUCUUGCAAGUGGAUAUCUAGCGAUGAGUCGAAUUCAGUUUCAGUGGUAGGCGGUUUUCGUUUUUUGAAUUGCUUGAUUUUUUGAUUUUAGUAUUUCGUUUGGUAGUCUUUUUGGUUGCGGUUCUUUCUUUGGCUUUCCUUUUCGCAUUUGCUUCACUCUUCAGUGACUCAGUGGUUUGGUUUUGUCGUUUUCUGUUUGAUAGGUUGACGAUGUUAGAUGAGGAAUUCAAAACCUCCGCUAAAGCUAUGGAUUCCUUCUUUACAGAUGUAAUUUCAUCUAAUUUAGGUACUGGCGAAAUUUGAUCCAAAACUUUGCCAGGGGUUAUGUGCGGCUUUUCUGUUGUCACUGAUGAAGCCAGAGCUGACGCUUGUGAUGAUAAUUCCAUGCUUUUCUGUGCCUUUUCCGUGCGUUGCGACCAGCCCGGAUGUGGUGAGGCUUGCCUGUGCUGAAGUCCUUGAUCUUUAUCUACUUCUGCAUUUGCUUCUUCCGAGGGAUUCUGCCAGUCUGAACAACUGGGUUGAGGUGAGGUAGUUAUGUUGUUUCCCUGUUGGUGAUCUGAAGAUGAUGUUAAAAAGGCAUAUUCCGGAAUGGCAUCAAGAUUAAACGGGAUGGUUCCUGUGCUUCUAAACCUCUAUAUUGCGUUCUCUGUCGUAGCUGCUUGUAUCCAUGAUUUUGCAAACAAUCCUCCAAAUACUAGUCUCGAAAUUUUUCGAUUUGGAUUCAUUUUAAUGUAGGAAUUGCAAGCAUUGUAAUAAUAUGAUUUUAAUUAUUUAAAAAAUGCCCUGUCUAGAGGCUGUAGGUAAUGGGUCCUACGGCUGGGUGGACAGAUUAAAACGAUAUUUUCCUCCGCAAACUCGAAUGUAUCCACACUGCUGCAAUGAGAGCUAUGCCCGUCUAAAAUGAGCAAAACUUUUCUCUCAGGCUUUCUCGGUACAAAAUGAUUCCUUAACCAUAAAAGAAAAAUAUCAGUCGUUACGAAUGCCGACUACUGUGACAAAAAUUAUGGAAUCUGGUGACAUACCAUCUUUGUAUUCGGCCUUUUCAUUCUUUCCCUUCAAAACACAUGCUAGGGGUAAAAUCAUGCCCUCUCCAUUGCAGCAAGCGAUUACAGUAAUCGUUUCGAUCUUUCCACCGGAUGUUAUUGUUGCAACACUCUUAGAUCCAUUUGCUGCCAAUACAUAAUCUGGUUUAUUAUUCAACUGAAGUCCGGACUCAUCUGGGACCUCGGUUGGCCGCGUGGGUCAGAGUGUCGUGCUACUGAUCAGCCGGCCGGCCGGGCCGCGAGUUCGAAUCUCGCCUUCGCCAUGGAUGUUGUGUGUUUGUUUUAGGCAGCAGCGGUGGCCGCAGUAGUAGACUCUUCGGUCUCCUGAUCAGCCGCCGUGCGCUGUGCGGGUUCGAGUCCCGUCCCAGGAGAAAUGUUUCUCUUGGCCAUGGAUGUUGUGAUUGUCCGUAGGUGGUAGAUGGUCUCUGACUGUCGAACGUGGAGGUACCACCCGGCGGUUCUCGUAGGCGGAGCCAGAAUGUGUG